AUGCGGCCGCGGCGUUCUAAGGCAGAGAGGACGUUUUUGGCCGAGUUGGCCUCGCAGAGCACCGGUGCCACAGCCAUUUCUUUGCUUUCCUCUUGCACCUCGUCGAAUGGAAAGAACAAUCUGCGUGUGGGGCUGCGUGGCAGCAGCCCGAUGUGUCGCAGCACCUUUGCACAGGACGGCCAUCCCUGUUGGCUUCAGAACCGCAUCUUUGACGCACCAAACAAGCAUCUCUUUUUGGAUCCUGGCGGCACAUGGUGUCAUUUGUGCCGCGAGCCCCUAGGAACUUCCGCGGUCGGCCAUCUAUCUGACCGUGAGCACCACAACCAUCAACUUUUUUUGUUUCUUGCAGCCGCAUUUCCUCGCGGGGUGCAUGGAGAACAUCAGAGGCUCUUGUAUUCACCACAUGCUGUUUUGGAUGAUGCGGCGGUGUUGUUUCCAAAACUCAUGCAGGCAGUAGGCGAAGGUAAUAUGCAUACGGAGCAGGAUGCCUUGCGACGUGCCUCACUGGAGUCGAUGCUUAUUUACUUGAGUGACGGUGGCUUGUGCGGGGGGAAGCCGGUAUUGACGGUGUUUCAUGGCAGCGUCCCCCCCGAGUUGGCGCACAGCGGGGAGCGUCUGUUUAAGAGCGAUGUGUCACGGCUCAUCGUGGAGUGGUUCCCGGCACUGGGACCUGGUGCCAUCACGCAGAUUGCCCACAAAUGUUGGGGAAGGUCGAAUUUGGAGAGCAUUUUUGAUGCGCUUCGAAUGCAGUCACUUGUAGACCGACGAGGCCGUGAGGUGGCUGGGGUUUUAUCACCGCUGGCAAGAAAUAGGGCAUGGAGAAGCACACUUCAGCGACAACUUUCCACAAAAACCGAAAAGGCCACUUUUGUGCGUUCGCUGAUGUGGGAGCUGACAACGCGGUGUGAAGAGGCAGCGGGCUGUGAUGCUGCAUUGCCGCUCACAGAGACUGAACAGUUGAUGCUUGAGCUCACGAGGCGCCGGCUAGCGUUUGAGAUGGUGUACUUGCAGUCCAUGAAGUACAUGCAGCACGCGGAUCAAUUACUGCGGGAGAUGUUGUUCCCAUCGCUUGAGACGCUCAUAUCAAUGGGCGCCGCGUAG